GUCAGUAUACGCCCACUGCUUGUAUAAAAACAACACCACUGACCAUUUUUGCUCUGUACCUUGAUCGUCGCACGACUUCAAAAUCCUCCAAAACCGAGAUUCUCUCUUUCUUCUUCGAUUUUCCCACCACCAUGGCCAUGGCUUUUAAGAUGGCGACUACAGGGAUGUUCUUAACCGAUGAAUGCAAAAACUCUUUCAUGGAGAUGAAGUGGAAAAAGGUGCACAGGUACAUAGUUUUCAAGAUUGAGGAGAAGUCUCGGCAGGUCACCGUCGACAAGGUCGGCGGAGCCGGCGAGGGUUAUGAUGAUCUCGCCGCCUCCCUCCCCAAAGACGACUGCCGGUACGCGGUGUUCGAUUUCGACUUUGUCACCGUCGAUAAUUGCCGGAAAAGCAAGAUCUUCUUUAUCGCAUGGUGCCCGUCGGAAUCAAGAAUCAGAGCGAAAAUUCUGUACGCGACGUCGAAGGAUGGACUGAGGAGAGCGCUGGACGGAAUAUCCUAUGAAGUUCAGGCGACCGACCCGACGGAGAUGGGAAUGGAUGUGAUCGAGGAGAGGGUCAAAUGAGCUAAUGAAAAAGGUCAAAUCCUGUUUUGGCCAUCUAAAGAGCAAUGAUUAAUUUUAAGGCUAAUAAUUCCCCACUAAGUACAGUUGUAAUUUUGUUGCCCACUGUCUUUGUGGAUCUGCUAGUGUUUCAUUUCUGCUAAUGGUUUCUGUAACAGUAAGAUGUUCUCUAAUGUUGAUGAUCAGCUUCUUCGUUUGACCUAAUUUAAUCCCACAAGUUAAACCUUUCC